AUGAGCCCCCUGAAUUCAAAUGGCUUCAUAAACACUACAAUUGUGCAUCCUGACUUCUUUUUCAUAAGUGGCCUCAUUGGUAUUCCUCACACAAACUAUUACUAUAUCUUCUUGGGCUUUGUUUAUGCAGUGACUGUACUCGGAAACACUUUUGUCAUGUUCAUAAUAUACACUGACCACUGCCUUCACAGUCCAAAAUACACUGUCAUUUUAAAUUUGGCUGUUUCUGACUUGUGUGUAAGCACUGCAGUCAUUCCUCUGUUGAUUGACACCUUGCUCUUUAAAUCACAUUUAAUUUCCUUCAGGGCCUGCUUGACUGAUAUGUUUUUUGUUUAUCUCUUUUACGCGAUGCAGUCUCUUACUCUCACACUUCUGUCCUAUGACAGAUGUGCUGCUAUAUGCUUUCCCUUAAGAUACAAUGAGAUUGUGACUAAUAAAUCAAUGUUGUUGAUUUUAACUGUAAUAUGGAUGCUUGCAGGAAGUGCCGCUGUUGUAGCUGCAACUCUCCUCAGCAGACUGUCCUUCUGCAAGUCCACUGUGAUAGAUAGUUAUUUCUGUGAUCAUGAACCCACAUACCGGUUGGCGUGCAAUGAUAACAGUCCAAGUGUUGUGAUUCGUUGGACAUAUCCUGUUUUAAGUCUCUGGUUUCCACUAGUUUUUAUCACAGGCACGUACGUUUGUAUAGCCAGAGCAUUGUUAAAGAUUGCAGCAGUUUCAGAGCGCCUCAAAGCCAUGAAAACCUGCACCUCUCAUUUGAUCUUGGUGAGUGUGUUUUACCUUCCUUUGUGCUUCUCCUUUGCACUGGGCCCAUCCAUUCACCAGAACGCCAGGAUUAUUAAUGUGUCACUGGCGACUGUCUUGCCACCUGCGCUGAAUCCGAUCAUCUAUACACUCAAGACAGAGGAAUUCACAGAAUCCAUUAGAAAGCUGUACAGGAGAAAGAAGAUGCGCACCAUUGUCAGGAAAAAAUAA